AUGAUCCGACUAAAAGAGACGAAGAAAAGGGAAGGCUGGUCGAUGUUGCAACCGCACACAGCAGCCGACCAAUGUAAACAAGAGUACCAUAGGUAUUGUCUAGGAGCCAUAAAAGGAUAUCAGGACGCCGUUCCGGGAUUCCUGGGGGAUUGGGGUACAAAUCUUGAGGAGAUGACCAAAGCAAUUGACUGGAAUAAACUGAAGGAAGGUGAGGAUGGAAUGAUGAAAUCGAUGAUUGGGUCUGGGGGGGAUAAGUAUGAGUGGGCAGGCCUUUUAACUUGUGUGAUGUAUGAAGCCAUAAAAGUUCAAAAAAUAGAUAUAAAAGCCAAACACCCCCUAGGGCCCGUAUGGGACAGACAUUGUUGGCCGAAGUUAUUAAAAAGAGGCACCACAGACAAUUGGGAUCAGGGCGCAACAGGACAGAGCAUGUUAAAGGCUGUAGCAUGUUUAAUGAGAGCUUUAAUUGGAUAUGAUCGUACAGAACAACAUAACGACGACGGAAUAAGGAAUAGGUGCCAGCCUAUAUGGGACAAAGUGGCAUUGAGGUUAAGAAUAGGGGAACAAUCAGCAAGCCAGGAUGGAGAUGAACAGUUAGGACGAUUCGUGAAGCAACUGAGAACCAACGAAACUCCUGGGGAGCCGGAAUGUACGAGACUGGGGUUAAUUUUAACCAUAUAUUAUGGUAUGAGAUCUUGUGCGGAAAGGAGUCGAGCUUAUGAGUUAACGGGUCUGAUUCGCGGAGGUUCAGAAGGGCUGAGAAGGAUAGGUCAAUGUCAAUUUCAAGGGCAGACCCUUAGUUGUAAAGCAACUGACUCUCCUUCUGAAGGGACAAAUCUAAAUAUUUGGACGACAACACAGCAGAGCCUCAUUACGGGACUCCCCCCCGUUCCUCAGAAGGUGCUGAAGUUGACCGAAACAGAUAGCGGAAAUCCCCUACCCAAAGGGGCCCCCACCGCAGGCGCGUCAAGAAGCGAUUUCACCUGGGUCAACAGUUGGAACCAACAGCAGAAAAACAAACAUCUGGAAGAACAAAAAUCACCGCUUUAUGUGAGAGGACAUGGAAACAGCGAUGACUUGAGGCAAGAGUCCCGCGAACGCAAAGAAUCCAGCGCAACCCGAACACCCACCUCCCCGAGGCCAGGCAAUGAUGAGGUUAACGUUGAGGUACAAACGAACCAACCUAUUCAGGCAAGUAAUGUAUCGGAGUCAAGGGACCCCCGAAGCCCCCAGGGCCAGGAGUUCCCAACCAGGAGCCACGACCCGAUGAAGUUAAAAGAGCAAGGACUCCUCAGCCACACACAACGACAAGAGACGACUAAUGAUAAUCAUCUAAACCAAGGUCAAUUAGGACAAAGACAUCUCACCCCAGCCGACCGUCAGACUGAGCUGGUAGAGAUCGGGUUGGGUCCGAAAGUAGGAUAUGGUGUAGGAGGACUAAUGGCAGGAGUCCUGUCGCUGGCGAGUCUAUAUGGUCUCUACAGGUUGUAUUUUAAGAAACCCAGAAGGAACAAACCUUCCUUCCCACAGCUCAGCACGAGGGACAAAUAUGAAAAAGCAGGAUUAAGGAACCAGACCAAACCAGCCCCACGGCAGCUGGAAGGAGUAGAAUUGGACUCUCAGGAUCUCUUAAGAUAUGACUGCAUGCCUCCCCGGACGGAAGAAAUCAAUAUCUGA